GAACUGUACUGCGAGGGAUACAAAACUUAUGAAUUCAAAGUCGCGUGAUAACACUAAUCUUACAAAAAUCAAGCAGACAACUGCAUAUUACUUUACGAAAUAAUUUUUUGUUGAUGUUAGACGUGUUUUUAUUUCAGUAUACCGUCACGUUCUUUGCAAAAAGAUAUUAAUUCGCGAUAGAGCGACGUAUUUAUUUAUCAUUAAAAACAAAAAGAAAAAAAAAAGAUGGAUGAAACAAGAAAUUACAUAAAUUUAGUGUUAACAGUUAAAAAAUAUCCAGCGUUAUAUGAUCUCAGCUGCAAUGACUACCACAAUAGAGUUGUACGAAAUAAAAUGUGGAGAGCAGUGGCACAAGAGGUGAACGCUUCUGCUGCGGAAUGCAAGGAGAAAUGGAAAAAUCUUCGGGCUAGCUUCAGUAGACAUUUAAGAAAUCAAAGUACGGCGAAUUCGAAAGCGAAAAGGCCGUAUUACAUGGCCGAUUAUAUGGACUUUUUACUUCCCUACAGCAAACUUCGUAGGCCAGAUGACAGUUUGAAUGAAGAAGGACCAAUAGCGCAAGAGAAUUGGAACGAAGAGGAGACCGCCUCUGAUACAUCCUCCAAUUACGAAAAAUUAAACAAGUCCGACCAAAAGAUGCCAGAGCCAGAAAGAGAAGGAGACACGAGGAACGAAGAAUACGCGUUCUCGAGGAGUAAAACAAUCAGGGUUACAGACGACCAAUUGUUAUCACACAGAUGCUUGGAUAAUUGUGUUCUCGCCAAUCGUCACGACUUCGACGAAUCGAUCAGCGACUCAGACUUGUUGUUCUUUAAAAGCUUGCUUCCAGAUGUACGACAGAUGACAAGACAAGAGAAGAGAAGCUUUAAAAUAUCUGUGUUGAAUUUGAUCGAUAAGAUACUGAACGAAAAGGAAUCGGGAAUGUCAAUCGAAAACGAUAUUUCUUGCUCGACAGUGAAAAAUCAACAAGACGAAAGAAUCGAUCAAUUUUAAAUCAAGAGAUUUUAUAAAAGUUAAUUAUAAAAGUUCGUAAUGGUUAUAAAUAAACAUAUUACAACGACUGAUAAAUGAUAUGUAUAUAUAUGCAUAAACUUUAUAUAUAUGUAUAUAUAAACAACUAGGAAAUGUUAUUAGCACAAUUUACGUGGGAAAUUUAUAUUCUAAAAUAAUUUGUAAUUUAUCAUAGUAUUAGUAUACUAUUACUAAUAGGAAUUAAUA